CCACUCACAGCUGUUGUAAUUUGUUUUCUGUCCCACUGGUACUGUUGGCAAGUAUUGGAACCUUCUUUUACGGCUGCAACCUUCUGCUACUGUUGCUUAUCUACUUGAAGAAAAAGAGCUGGAAGAAACCUAUUUAUGACACUUCUGCUGCAAGGAAAGAGCUCUUGGUUUCGGGAUUAAAUAUCAUGAACAAUACAGAAAAGACCAGUAUGAAUAAAGAGUGGAGUGAAGAUGACAGAAUCUCUUCAGAAAUCUUGAAAAGGAAAUGGAUACCUAAUAUAAUCAAAAGCAUACCUUGGGAGUUCUUCAGAUUUGUAGGGCAUGAAAUUAAAAUCACAGAGAGCAUGGACUGCUAUGGAGCUUAAGUAUGGCCUUCGGCUUUAGUUCGGUGAUAUUACCUGGAAACCAACCAACCAGAGUGUAAUCUCAUUGACAGAAACGUUAUUGAAAUCGGAGCUGGAACGGGACUAGUGUCCAUUGUUACUAGUGUACUGGGUGCCUAUGUGACUGCCACUGACCUGCCUCAUUUACUGGGAAAUUUACAGUAUAAUAUAUCUAAAAACACAAAAAUGCGAAGCAAACAUGAGCCACAGGUGAAGGAACGUAGCUGGGGAGUGGAUUUAGAAAAAAACUUCCCACGAUCAGAGUGUCAUUAUGAUUACAUUCUGGCAGCUGAUGUUGUGUACAGCCAUCCUUAUCUGGAAGAACUACUGAUGACUUUUGAUCAUUUGUGUCAAGAUGACACAAUCAUUCUGUGGACCAUGAAAUUCAGGCUUGAAAAAGAAAACAAUUUUGUGGAAAAAUUCAAGUAUAUAUUUGAUGUUGAAGUUAUAUACAACCUUCCAAGUUUACAAAUAAAACUGUACAGAGCAACGUGGAAAAUAAGUAGCAGGCUCAGAAAGGAAACCUGAGGUCUACUGCUUGUACCUGUGAAAUAAAAAAGUUAAAUUUAA